AUGGCGCCCCGCGGUCGUGGAGGAAAGUUCUCCAAACCCUCACGAGGAGGAGGAAAGAAGUUCAGUCGGGACCUGCAGCCCAUCGACAAGGACGGAAACCCAGUUGGUCUCUGGCGCGAAAAGGAGGACAAGAUCGCGUCCUCGAGCGAAGAGGAAUCAUCCUCGGAAGAGAGCUCUGAAGAAGAAGGCUCCGACGACGCCGACGCCGGCCCCAGCGGCCAAGCCAGUGCCUCGGGCGACGUCAGCCGCGAAGCACGCCGCGCCGCCGCAAAGGCCAAGAAGGCAGCCGCCAUCAAAAGGCGCGGCCAAGCACCUGCCCAACCCGGCGACCUGCCACCCUCCGACUCCGAAGCCUCCGACGAGGACCUCCCCGCGAACCCGAACCACAGCGCGAAGUCGCGGUCUCAGCUCGUCAAGCCCGACUCCGACGCCGAGCCCGAGCAGCCCGUCAAGAAAGACCCUUCGCAGCUGUCGCGGCGCGAGCGCGAGGCGAUCGAGGCGCAGCAGGCGCGGGAGCGGUACCUGAAGCUGCACGCGGAGGGCAAGACCGACGAGGCGCGGUCGGAUCUGGCGCGGUUAGCGAUUAUUCGCGAGCAGCGGGAGGCGGAGCGGGAGCGGAAGUUGGCGGAUAAGGAGGAGAAGGAGGAGCAGUUGAGGGCGCGGGCUGCUGCUGUGAAGGAGCGGGAGGAUAAGUUGAGGCAGGCGGCCAUGGGGAAGCCGAAGAAGGGGGGGAAGAAGUAA